AUGACAGACAACGACUAUGAGGACAUUGUCGACUAUGGACUGGAUGACCCUUCUCUAGACCACCAAAUGGAGAGCGUCAGCGGCAUGAAGCCCACCGAUGACGACGACGCGGAUGAUGUCCAGAUCCCGACUGUCCUCGCACAGCUGCCAACGGACAAUGAACUCCAGCUCGCUCAACGUGUCCUGGACCUGGAGCGCGAGCGCGACGCCUUUGCUGCCCAGGUCAAGGAGCUGCAGGCGCGAUACCCAGCCCACAGCACCACCAUAGCCGCUCCAUCCACCGAAGACGAACCCCCUACCAUCCAUGUCCCCCACGAACUCGUGCCCGUGUUUGCCGUUUUGCGGCAACACAUCCACGAGCUCACGCGUGAGAACGCGGCGCUGCGGUACACACUGCUGGGCACCAGUGCGAGGCCAGACAUUGCGACCUCGUCAAGGGUCACACUCGAUGCAGUCGUCUCGCCGGCUUCCAGCAUGGCCACCACGCCGCUCCCCACAGAGUCACCGCCCAUCGGUAUCGAGGUCACGCCCCCGACAGAUUCGGCGGCCCAGCUUCCCAACCCGCCACCGGUGCCGCGCCCCGGUCCCAUCGAGCCGGACGUCGAUCUCGCAGCCGUCGUCGCACGCGUAAAGACCCUCAUGCUGGAGAACGACGAGCUUGGCGAUAUGGUCGCCGAGGCCGGACGCGCUGACGGCGAGGAAUGGGCAAAGACGCUUGACGAUUCCAAGGCCAUCAUCGCAUCGUUAGACUCUGAUUUAUCGCACAACCUCACUGUCAUCGAGUCGCUCCGUGCAGAGCUGGACGCAUACAAGAGCCGCCCAAGCCCUCUUGACAGCUCCCGAGCCAGCGUGCCGCCUGCCGCGUCUGCACCCCAGCUUGAGCGCCAACAACGCGACAGGGAGAGGGGCGGUGGUGGCGACAGAGACAGGCCUGCUCCCGACAGGGGCGGCGACAGAGGUGGUGGCGGGAGGGACCGCAACGACCGCCGUCGCAACGGUGGUGGGGGUGGAGGCGGCCCGCCAGACGACCGCGACCGUGAACGCGACCGCGACCGCGACCGUGACCGAUACCGCCCAGAACGACCCCGCGAUCCCACGCGCGAGCGGGACAACCGCCAGUCCAAGUGGGGCAACGACACCAGGCGGGACAAGGAUGAGCGCGACCGCAGCGGCGGUGGGGGCGGCGGCGGCGGCAGGCGCGACGAGAAGCCCAGUGCUGGUCCCGGGGGCGGCGGUGGGGGCGGAGGUCUCUCCAUUCUUGGAAGGGCGACUGCGGAAAACGGAUCGUCGAGGAGGGCGGAGGAUGACAGGGCAAAGUAG